AUGGGGAAAAAAGAUACAAUUAGAAAUAGUUAUAAUAAGAGCGAUAAUAAGGAUAAAGAUCAAAACAGUGAUUCAGUAUUCAAUGACGAAAUUAUUGAAAAGCGCGCAACAAAUGGCAAAAAUUUAAACUUGACUAAUUUAAACUAUUGCAAUGAUGAAACAACUUGUGCAAAUAUUAAUGUAGACAAGAUACGUAUGGAUAAAUUAACAAAGACGACAACAACAGGAACAUUGAAUCUUCAUUCAAACAAACAUAAUUCUCAAAAAAUUGACUUAACAAUGAUACAUAAAAACAAUAACAGUAGUUAUUAUAGUACUGGUUGUACUACUGAUGAUAAUACAAGUUUGAAAUUACAAACGGAAGUAGAUGUAAAGAAUGAUUCGACAAAGCUUCAGACUUCAAAUAAUAAUGAUAAUAAUAAUAAUAAUAACAAUAAUGGUAAUAUCAGGAGUGGAGGAAGGGAGAAAUUAUUAGAUUGGUUAAAGUUGAGUCAAGCUAAACGUGAUGAAAAUAAUCGACAAGUAUUUACAAGAUGGGUCGAUAAAACUGACAGUUUAAGUCAGUUGAAUUCAUUACAAUCAAGUAAUGUACUGCUUAAUAUGACCUGUAAUAAUAAUAAUGAUAAUAAUAAUAAUAAUAAUAAUAAUAAUAAUAAUAAUAAUAAUAAUAAUAAUAGUGUUUUAAAUCCACCUAUGCUUGAAGUAAAUGGCAAUAAUAUUGAUACGUGUAAUAAUUCUUUUCACUCAUCAAUCAUACCAAAUUUAAUGACACCAACAUUUAUCAUUGAUAGUCGUUUUAAUGACUCAGUUCUACCGAUGGUAACAAUAACACCAAAAAUGAAUACAGUGUAUCAGUCAAUAUAUACACCUACGUGUAUAUCAUCUCUAGCAGUGAGUACAUAUUUACAAAAUGUUAUCAAUCAUAAAUACACUACUGUAUCAAAUAAUUUAUCUUUUGUACCAAUGAUGAAAUCCAAUUUACUGAUACCUACAACACCUUUGAAUACGAUUAAUAAUUUUUCAGAUGUUCCUCAUAGUAGUAUACUACCAGCACCAAUGAUAAAGUCAACACAUAACUUUAAUAGAGGUAGUUUAGUACUUCAUAGUAAUAAUAAUGGAAUGAAUACUUGGUAUACAAUGAUCAAUAAUAAUGGUAAUAGCAUAAAUUAUACCACAAGCGAUAAGACAGACACCUCAAGCAAGUUGAUGACGACGGUAACAACAGUUACAUCUACGAUAACUGAAGAAUGCGACAGUGUUAAUGGAAGUAACAAUGAAGCUUUAAAUUUUGCCACUUUAUCGAAUAUAACACCUGUACAGAAGUUAACAAUACUUGAAACACCUUAUACUAUUACAACAUCUACAAAUUAUAAUGAUAAUAAUAAAGUUAAUAGUCAAUUUAUACCUUGUCAUUAUUAUUUACCUAUUCCACCGUAUACAAAUGAUAUUCCUGACUCGAAUCUUUUAUACGGUUAUUAUUAUUAUUAUUAUCAAUAAUAUCCGAACUUGUUUUCGUCUACAAAAGCACCUACCGUCAAUAUUAUAAGUAGUAUUGAUGGUGCGGUCGAACGAAACAAUAAUCAACAACCUAAACAAUUGUUAAUACAGUCACAAUCCGUCUAUACUAAUCCCGUAGUAAGUGGAAAUGGCCCCAUCAAUGUGAAUGAUAGUGAUAAUACCAUUAUUAGUGGUAGUAAUAAUAAUACUUUGUUAUCCUCACCAUCAGUAUCAUCACUAAUUUAACUAAUCCCAACUACCACAACAACAACAACAACAACUACUACUACUACUACUACUAC